AUGAGCCCUGAGAACAAGAGCAGCGUGUCCGAGUUCCUCCUCCAGGGACUCCCCAUCUGGUCAGAGCAUCAGGAUGCAUUCUUCGCCCUAUUUCUGGGCAUGUACCUGACCACGGUGCUGGGGAACCUGCUCAUCAUCCUGCUCAUCAGGCUGGACUCGCGCCUCCACACCCCCAUGUACUUCUUCCUCAGCCACUUGGCCCUCACAGACAUCUCUUUCUCAUCUGUCACUGUCCCAAAGCUGCUGGUGAACAUGCAGACUAAGCACAAAUCCAUCCCUUAUGCAGGGUGCAUUUCACAGACAUAUUUUUUCAUAUUAUUUGCUGAUUUAGAUAGUUUCCUGAUCACAUCAAUGGCCUAUGACAGGUACGUGGCCAUCUGUCACCCUCUGCACUAUACCACCAUCAUGAGUCAGAGCAUUUGUGUUGCAUUGGUGGCUGGGUCCUGGGUCAUUGCUAGUGCUUGUGCUCUUUUACAUACCCUCCUCCUAGCCCAGUUGUCCUUCUGUGCUGAGCAGACUAUUGCGCACUUCUUCUGUGACCUUGCUGCCCUGCUCAAAUUGUCCUGCACGGACACCUCCAUCAACCAGCUGACAAUCUUCACUGCAGGAUUAGCAGCCAUUAUGGUUCCAUUUGUAUGCAUCCUGAUUUCUUAUGGCCGUAUUGGAGCCACCAUCCUACGCUUUCCCUCUGCCAAGGGCAUCUAUAAAGCCCUGUCCACUUGUGGGUCACAUCUCUCAGUGGUGACUCUCUACUAUGGGGCAAUUAUUGGUCUGUAUUUUCUUCCCUCAUUCAACAACACCAAUGAGAAGAACAUAAUUGCUUCAUUUAUGUAUACAGUGGUCACACCUAUGUUGAACCCCUUCAUUUAUAGCCUGAGAAAUAAAGACAUGAAAGGGGCCUUGAGAAAACUCUUGAGUAAGAGAACAUAUUCUUCCAACUGA